UGAUGAGGGGAGAUUGAGUCUCACUAACCACCAACUCUGAAGCUGGUAAUUAAAAGAGAAAAAAGAAAGAAGAGCGACGGCUCUUUGGGUUUGAUAAGUCAAACUUAGGUCCGAUAAGUGAGUUGGACCCGGCAGUAGCCAAACUUGGUAGAGCAGCUGCAAAACGUUAUUUAGCCAGGAGCUGCUGCCUGUGAAGAAAUAAUUUUGGUCAUAGGUCUUGUCUGAAAAAAAUAUAUAAAGCCAGCCCCAGACAGAUGCAAGUCUAAAAAGAUCAGAUCGUUUAGGUAAUCUCUCUCCAUCUUCUAUUUUUUAUCCUCAGUUGCUUUAGAAGGUCAAACUCAUCUCUUUAUUUUUCUGACAUUAUAUUGUUGAAUGCCACUAUUCACAGAAAUCAAUUUGCUGUAAGGUAAUGGUUAUUUAUGAUUACAUUUCAAAACUUAUUAAUUAUUUGAGGCUGUAGUGUAUGUUGUAUAUUUAUGGUGCCCAAAUUGCACCCGCAGCAUGAACAUAUAUAUAUAAUUGGUUUUGAACCUUGGACUAUGGUCUUGUCACACAAACAUGAAAUUUGAAGUUCACGGAUGUUGUUGGCUCAUUUAAAACCUUGAGUUUCUGUCAUAUUUUGGAGAUCGAGUAUAAUCAGGUUUAAGCUAAGAACAGAUGCAUCAAUAACAUUCAUUUUAUAUGUUUUCCAGACUGUGACCUUGCUUGAUUUCCUUUCUUCAAAUGAAAUCUAUCUCUCUGAUCUGAACCUUAAUCUUUAUGCGCAACAUCUAAAUUCCCAUAAUCAUGCAGACCAUGGGUAAAGCGAUUGUAAUCAUGGGUGUCAGUGGCGCUGGGAAAUCUACAAUAGGUGAGCUUCUGGCCAAAGCUUUGGACUGUAGUUUUCUGGAUGCUGAUGAUUUUCACCCUCAAUCAAACAAAGACAAAAUGCGUCAAGGAAUACCUCUAACAGAGGAAGACCGGAUUCCAUGGCUUGAAAUCCUACAAGAUGCUUUAAGGGAGAGCUUGAUCAGUGGAAAAACAGUAGUGCUCAGCUGUUCUGCUCUGCAGAAACAAUAUCGAGAAAUGCUUAGAUCCGCAGACUGUAAUUACCAUCAUGGAAGCUUUAACAGUGCAGUUAAGUUCGUGUUGCUGGAUGCCAAGGCUGAGGUGCUUGCGGAGCGAUUAGAUAAAAGAGCUGCAGAAGGGAAGCAUUUUAUGCCGGCAAAGCUGUUGCAAUCUCAGUUGGAGUUGCUUCAGAUAGAUGAUUCUGAAGCAAUAUGUAAAGUUGAUGCUACUUUAAAUCCUCAAGCACUUGUAAAUGCCAUAAAAACUUUGAUUUUCGGACCAAGAAAACCAAUUGCAUUAUAAGUGCAGUGUGAACUCAAGAUCAGCCACUUCAAACUUGCUUCGUGGUAAGAAAAACCCAACUUGGUUCCAUUAAAGAUCAUGUGGCCAUCCAGAUUUGUAGAUUUAAUAAUCCUAGGAAUUGAUUAGAAACUUCUAUAUUUUGUUAUAUUAAAUCAUUGACAAGCCACAGAACUGGUCUGUGUCAUUUGAUCGUAUUUUUUAU